AUGGCUUCCGCAUUUACCUUGUCGCAAAGCGAUCUCCACGACUCGCUUCAAGACACUGACCUCGAACCCCGCAACUCCUCGUCCUACCCGAACCAAUCUCUCAACCACCAAUUCUCUGCUGCCGACGACGUCACGCCAGGCUUGUCGCGCAUCAACAGUGAAUCACUCUCUCCCUCCAUUGUCCACCUCGAUACCCCCGACGCCUCUCACUCCACACCCGGCCACUACCAAGCCAGCGACUACAGUGACCUCGACGCUGACGAGGACCCUUUCUUCGGCGUCGACUUUACAAACCCGCACGCCGGUGGCCCUAGUUUCUUAACAGAGGCUGGCAUAUGGGAGCAGUCCGUCCUCCCGACUGAGUCUUCUGCCGAAAUACAAUCAGAUGACAGUUACGCCGUCUCCUAUCCAUUAACUCCUGAGCACUCCUCCUCUCUUAAUAUAGCUUCACCUGCUGCCAACGUCGCUGCCAACCCGCCCGCCUCUGUGUCGCCACGGGAGCUUCAACGAAACUUCAAGGGCGCCACGCUCUCCAGUGAAUCUUCUCAACUGACACCAGCCCCGACAGGCAGCGGGCGUUCCAGUGAGGACGGCCUUGUUCCUGUCCCGGUGCCCAUGCCUGUACAGAGCCCCAGAGUCACAGUCUCAAACUGGGACAACGAUAAUGGCCUGGCUCCAGUGCCCUCUAUAGAGCGCACCUUUGAUGACAAUAGCACAGUUCGGGGAGUCCAUUCCGUGGGCGAGCUGAUAUCCAUCAGUCGCCCGGGAACACCAAACACAGCUAGGCGAGAUUCUCUGGGCCGAUGGGAGCCAGAUUCGAGAACUGGCCACUCGGGCAUCGACCCCAGGAACAGAUCUUCCGAGGAGGUUACCAGCAUCAACGACUUGGCUUCGCAAAGUGCUCGCAAGGAGCGCAACCAGGAGGUCGGACGCUGGCUGCAGGACGACCUGCAUGACAUCACAGCGCCAACGGAAAAGACUUCGGAAGAGAUACAGGCUCUCAAUCAGCCGCGCGAUGAUGACGAUGGUAUUCCUCUGGGAAAUAACACCGAAAAUAGGCAUGUUGAGGGUCAAAUUUACAUUGACCCUACUGGCGGUCCUUUGAACGACAACGACUUCAAAAUAAUCCAUUCCGCGAAUCACUGGGAGCCUGCGCCCGUAUCACAUCCAAUCAUCUCUGGGGAGCAGGGUCGCUUCCAACCGGAAUCGUCACAAGCUGCUAUCGAACGAUUCGAACGGCUGUACCGUGACACUGACUCUGUGCUUUCCCGCUCUGCCACCUGGGGAACCCGUCGUCGCAGUUUUCCCAGUGUGAUUGAUGCGGAAGGCGUCAUCAGUGGAAACUUUCUCAAGAAGCUCUCCAUCAGCAAGGCAGAGCCUAAGAAGACUGGCAAGCCUACUGGCUUCCUGGCCGAGCUUCGCGGCCUUGUUCGACGAACAAGCAGCUCCUCCAUGCGCAAGAGAUCGAGAAGCCGCUCCAAGAGUGCUCAGGGCGAUGACUUAUACCGACAAGACAGCCAGCAGUCAGACGAGCGCAGAGACAGCUCCCCUCAUCUAUCCCCGACCUCGCGAACAUCUAGCUGGGGAAAGCAGCCCACACCUAGCAUCAACUCAGUCUUCGCCACAAUGGCAACGCCCCUAGCUUCUGUCGGAUCGACACAUGCUCGAAGCGGUUCAAUUAGCGGUGUCACCCCGGUGGCUUCUCCCAAGAGUGGUUUCUCUUUGGCUGUCGACAAGGUGCUGCGCCGACCUCGCAGCAAAUCUGAACUUCCCAAAACGACGCAGUUGUCUGGUGGCCCGCCAGUCGUUGCAGCACUCAGCAGGCCUGCAUCCACAGCAGCUCCGCCCGAGGCAGAUGAUGAGGAUGAUGACGACGACGAUGAUUUGCUCGAAGACUCGGAAAUGAAGAAGAAUCCAAACGAAAUCGACAUCAUCCCCCACACAUACUCAGGAUUCCAAGAGCAUGCGCUGAAGUUAAACCCUGGUCUAGGAAACGGUGGCCUUUACCUUGUGGAUCGCAUUGCGCAUCAGCAGGUCGUUCGAUACAAGCACCUUCUUAACCUCAAGGUGAACCAUAUGCGCCAGGGAGCCAGCUGCUCCUGCGGGUCAUUGUGCAUGGCACUCGGCGGCUCAGCCAAAAUUCUGGGCGAUCAGAAAGACAAAGAUCGUAUUGGUCCUUUGGCUGCUCGCUUCGAGGACGACGACAGUCCCGCUGAAGGCAUCAUCAGCAACGAAAGCUUCCCCCCCGACAUCCCGAUGCCUCCUACGCAGUAUCUUCCUGCUGAGUUUGAAUGCCAGCUGUGCUACCAGAAGAAGAAAUUUCAGAAACCGUCAGACUGGACCAAGCACGUGCAUGAAGAUGUCGGUCCGUUCACCUGCACAUGGGAUAAAUGCAAGGAUCCCAAGACGUUUAAACGCAAGGCCGAUUGGGUGCGCCACGAGAACGAAGGCCAUCGGCAUCUAGAAUGGUGGACCUGCGAUGUCGAAGACUGCCGCCACACCUGCUACCGCAAAGAUAACUUUUUGCAGCAUCUGGUGCGUGAACACAAGUUUGUCGAACCCAAGGUCAAGACCAAGGCCGCCAUGAAGCGGGCUGGAGGUGUUGAGCCGACAUGGCAAAAGGUGGAAGAGUGCCACAUGGAGACGCCCAAGAGACCGCAAGACGAGCCUUGCAAGUUCUGUGGACGCACCUUUCCUACCUGGAAGAAGUUGACAGUGCACCUGGCCAAGCACAUGGAACAGAUUUCAUUGCCUGUGCUGAGACUGGUGGACAUGAAGGCCCAGGAACUGGGAGCAGAUUCCAUCAUCAGUCCUGUGCAGGACCCGCCAGUGCGGCAAAUGCUGCCCGUGCCCAGUGACCAGUCGGGUGUGGGAAGCAUGGCGUUUGGCCACAACCAAGCACUGCAUCCGGGCCAUGCGCAGAUGGGAUACGCCCAGAACAUGGGUGGAUUUGGGUAUGGAAUGGGACAAAACAACUCCCAAUUCUACCAGACCCAGUAUGGAAGCAUGGGCCAUACCAUGCAGACUUCCAUGGCGGACAUGAGCAGUGGUUUGAACGGCAUGGCAAACACCAUGAACAUGAACGGUGCCAAUGGGUUCAACCAUAUGAAUGAUAUGACUGGAAUGAGUAGCUACAACGCUGAUCGAAGUAUGCACAGUCUGGGAUCGAGCGCUGGCCAGUUUGGGCAGGCGGGCCAGUCUUAUAUGAACCUGGACAGCAACCUCGACGGCAAUCUCAACAGCAACGGGCUGGAGCCGUUUCCGUCUCUGGACGGGCUUGGUGUACAGAGUAUGGCAGGAGACGGGAUGGGAGGACAGGCAAUAUACGAGAACGGGAUCAUGGGCCAGCCUCGGACCAGCCUCAACGGGAGUCCUUUUAGCGGGCACGAGACGUUGUCGACUUAUUCGCAUUCGCCCCACAUGCAGGCGACCAACCCGGAGCAUACGACGUGGGACAACCAGGGGAUGUUUUCUUCAUGA